AUGGCUACGGCGGCGUCUAACCCUUACCUGGCCACCAACAGCAUCCUGUCGGCGGGCUCCAUCGUGCACUCGGACGGCGGCGGCGGCAUGCAGCCGGGCAGCGUGGCCGUCACGUCGGUGUCGGGCGGCGGCUACCGCGGCGACCCUUCGUCCGUCAAGAUGGUCCAGAGCGACUUCAUGCAGGGCGCCAUGGCGGCCAGCAACGGCGGCCAUAUGCUGAGCCACGCGCACCAGUGGGUCACCGCGCUGCCCCACGCCGCCGCCGCCGCCGCAGCUGCCGCCGCCGCCGCCGUGGAAGCCGGCUCUCCCUGGGCCAGCAGCCCGGUCGGCAUGACGGGGAGCCCGCAGCAGCAACAGCAGCAGCAACAGCAACAGCAGCAGCAGCAGCAGCAGCCCGACGUGAAGGGAGGCGGCGGCGGCGGCGGCGGGCGGGACGACCUGCACUCGGGCGCGGCGCUGCACCACCGGCCGCCGCACCUGGGCCCGCCGCACCAGGGCCACUGGGGCGCCGGCGCCGGCGCGCACCUGCCCUCCAUGGCCAGCCAGCAGCAGCAGCAGCCUCUGCUGUACUCGCAGCCCGGCGGCUUCACGGUCAACGGCAUGCUGAGCCCUCCGCCGGGCAGCCAGAGCCUGGUGCACCCGGGCUUGGUGCGGGGAGACACGCCCGAGCUGGGGGAGCACCCCGGCCACCACCACCACCACCAUCACCACCCGCACCCGCACCCGCACCACGGGGGAGGCGGCGGCGGCGGAGGCGGGGGCGGCGGCCUGAACAGCCACGACCCGCACUCGGACGAGGACACGCCGACCUCGGACGACCUGGAGCAGUUCGCCAAGCAGUUCAAGCAGCGCCGGAUCAAGCUGGGCUUCACGCAGGCCGACGUGGGCUUGGCGCUGGGCACCCUGUACGGCAACGUCUUCUCGCAGACCACCAUCUGCCGCUUCGAGGCUCUGCAGCUCAGCUUCAAGAACAUGUGCAAGCUGAAACCUUUGUUGAACAAGUGGCUGGAGGAAGCCGACUCGUCGACGGGCAGCCCCACCAGCAUCGACAAGAUCGCGGCUCAGGGCCGCAAGAGGAAGAAGCGGACCUCCAUCGAGGUGAGUGUCAAGGGGGCCUUGGAGAGCCACUUCCUGAAGUGCCCCAAGCCCUCGGCGCAGGAGAUUACGAACCUAGCGGACAGCCUGCAGCUGGAGAAGGAGGUGGUCAGGGUUUGGUUUUGCAACCGCAGGCAGAAAGAGAAGCGCAUGACCCCCCCGGGGAUCCAGCAGCAGACGCCCGACGACGUCUACUCGCAGGUCGGCAACGUGAACUCCGAUACGCCGCCGCCCCACCACGGACUCCAGGCGAGCGUGCAGUGA